UAUUGCCAUGAAUAUCAAUGUCCUAGGUACCGUCAACGUCCUCAAGUUUGGUAAAAGAUGUGAAAAAGUGAAGAUUAUUGUUCACGUAUCCACUGCUUAUGUUUGUGGGGAAGGGGAAGGAGUUAUAUCAGAGAAAUCAUUCAUUUUGGGUGAGACACUCAACAAAAACUCCUACUUAGACAUUGAUGUGGAGAGGAAGGUGAUAGAAGACAAACUUAAGGAACUUGAAGCUCAAAAUUUGACAUCAAAGGAAGUGAUGAUAGCCAUGAAAGACCUUGGCAUUCAAAGGGCAACUUUGCAUGGGUGGCCAAACACAUAUUCCUUCACAAAGGCAAUGGGAGAGAUGCUUUUAGGACAUUUGAAAGAGAAUUUACAACUUGUUAUAAUACGUCCAACAAUUAUCACUAGCACUUAUAUAGAGCCAUUUCCAGGGUGGAUUGAAGGAGUCAAAACAGUGGAUUCAUUUAUCUUGGGAUAUGGUAAAGGCAUAUUGAAUUUCUGCUUUGGUGACCCAAACACAAAAGUAGACGCGAUUCCAGGUGAUAUGGUGGUAAACUCCAUACUUGCAGCAAUUAUAGCACAUGGAAAGCAAUAUUAUUCUUCUCAAGAAUCAAUAUAUCACAUUAGCUCUUCCGAAAAAAAUCCCCUAAAAUCUUGUGAUAUUCAAUUGUUUCUGUUUCAUUACUUCACCAAAAAUCCAUGGAUCAACAAAGAUGGGAACAUCGUCAAAGUGGGAACGCCUCUGCUAUUUAGCAGCAUGGAUAGCUUUCAAAAUUACAUUUCAACCUAUUAUUGGCCAUUGUUAAAGAUACUAGAGUUGGCAAAUCUAUUAUCAUGGCGGCGUUUUGACAAAACCUACAAAAAUUUGGAAAGGAAGAUUGAUAUGGCUAUACGUCUAGCUGAACUCUACAAACCUUACUUGCUUUUCCACGGCAGCUUUGAUGAUGUUAAUACCGAGAGGUUGAGAAUGGCAAUGAAAGAAUGCAACAUGGAUGAUGUGCUCAGCUUUGAUCCAAGAUGCAUUAAAUGGGAAGAUUACUUUAUGAAUACUCAUCUCCCAGGAGCUGUAAAGCGCAUAUUCUAGGAUUAAUAUACAAGAUUCAUGUGUUAAACGACGACUUUCUCUUGAAUUCUCAAUAAAACUUCUGUCAUAUCUUCUGCAUAUGACAAGAUAUGGGUGUUGUAUGUGCAAUAUAUACUUUUUAAAAUACGAGUAUUUUUCGAUUAGUUUCAUUCAUGUAAAAGUUUGGCAUGGACACAAUUAUAUAGAUCGUUAUGUCUAUGUAUGUGUGAUUACUGAA